AUGGAGGCAGCCCAAGAUACACAAAAACCAGAAAGAGCAGAAACCAAGAAGGAAGCAAGAAUGCCAUAUAAAUUCAGGACAAGGGAGGAGAAUCCAAGGCAGCAAUCAAAUUACCAAAACCAGCCACACCAACUCUGCAAGAAAACUGGUAACUCCACCAAAACACCGACCGACAACACAACAGGCAGAAAGCAUGGCAGGACGACAAAACAUGUAAAGAACAUUUGCAAGACACCUCCUAGUUAUAAUCCAUAUGCAAUCACGAACCUUCUAAAGGCAAAGCUGAACAACUAG